AUGUACCAAUUCGACAAAAUGGAUAUGAAAUUUCGACAGUUUUUAUUACUUAAAUUGGAUGAUUUAUCUGAUGUUGAUAAAUGCCGAUUACAAUUUGUUCUUGGAAAACAUAUACCAAGACGUUUAAGAGAAUCAAAUAGUGUCGAAAAUACGAUUCGAAUAUUUGAAUAUUUAACUGAUACUGGACAAAUUGUUACUUGUCUUGUUGAAGCUUUAUCAGCUUGUGGACGACCAGAUUGA